AUGAAGUUCAACUUGUUGCCGCUCUUGGCUCUCAUCUCAACAUCCCAUGGAUGGCUGCCCUCUGAGGAGAAUCGCGAGCCAUUACUUGGACGAGAUGGGACCUCGCUCUUCAACAAUUCCCUCUCUUCCGACGGAAAGCGAUGGCUGCCGGGAUCAACUCCUAUUCGAGGAGUCAAUCUUGGUUCUCUCUUUGUAUCGGAGCCCUGGAUGAUGACCCCCACCUGGAAUGGCAUGAAUUGCCCUCAGAGCGAGCCUCGCUCCGAAUUUGACUGCAUGCUCAAGCUUGGCCAGACAGGCGGCGACUCCGCAUUCCAAAAGCAUUAUCAGGACUGGAUUCCGGAGAGUGACUUCGACAAAAUGGUAUCCUACGGUCUUAACACUGUCCGUAUCCCGGUCGGGUACUGGAUGUACGAAGACAUUGUCUAUAAAGACUCUGAGCACUUCCCCCGUGGUGGUCUUGCCCACUUGAAGAGAAUCUGCGGGUAUGCUAGUAACCGCGGAUUCUACAUUAUUCUGGACUUGCAUGGAGCGCCUGGUGCGCAAGUCGCCAACAACGCCUUCACAGGCCAAUACACGCCCAACCCCGGCUUCUACCAAGACUACCAGUUCGACCGCGCAUACAAGUUCCUCGCCUGGCUGCGAUAG